AUGAAAAGUAUUUCCAAGGAAACAGAGAAAUAUGAUGUCAGGAACAAGGAUACAUCUGAUACAAAUCUGACUGUGGUCACAGAGUUUCUCCUCUUAGGAUUUCAAGGCAGCCAACUUUUGAGAAAUCUUCUAUUCCUUCUUUUCCUUGUUAUUUAUAAUGCAACAGUAUGUGGGAAUCUCCUGAUCAUCACUCUGGUGUCCACCAGCAAGAACCUCCACACCCCAAUGUACUUCUUCAUCUCACAACUGUCCAUCAGUGACAUCUUAUUGACCACAGAUAUUGUCCCCAAUAUGCUCUACAUCCUACUGAAUAAUGGAGAAACCAUCAGUGUUAUUGGUUGUUUGACUCAGUUUUAUUUUUUUGCUGGCACGGAUGGAUUUGAAUGUCUUCUUAUUGCUGUGAUGUCUUAUGACAGAUAUGUGGCCAUCUGUAAUCCUCUCCGUUACUCGUCCAUUAUGACUGAUAGAUUUUGUGUUAAGUUAGUUGCUGCUUGUUGGAUAUUGGGUAGUUUUAGUUCAUUCUUUGUCACCAUAACACUAUCUAGACUGAACUUUUGUGGGUCAAAUAUCAUUGACCAUUUCCUCUGUGACCUUGUCCCAUUACUUGAAGCUUUAUGUUCUGACACCUCCAUUGUUCACUUGGAGAUUUAUGUUGUAAGUGCUCCAACUGUAAUAAUCCCAACCACAAUCAUUGUAGUGUCUUAUACUUAUAUUGUUAUAUCAGUGUUAAGGAUCCCAUCCAGUACUGGUAGACAGAAAGCCUUCUCCACUUGUAGCUCCCACCUCAUCGUGGUCUCCAUAUUCUACUGGACUAUAUUUGGUGUUUAUGUUCCUCCAUCAAUGGAAAAAAUGGAAAAAACAUCUGAUGUUAAUAAAAUUACAACUUUGAUGUAUACUGUAUUUACCCCACUGAUUAACCCCAUUAUAUACAGUCUGAGGAAUAAAGACAUUAAGAAAGCCGUACAGCAAGCAUUACAUAAGCACAUCAUGUAA